AUGCCUCCGUGUCAUGGCGACCGUGAUCAACUUCGACAGUUACCACAGAAAGAUUUGUUGGCAAGUGUCAUUGACUUCGCCUCAAAUGGUGAUGCCGAUUACAUUGAGCAAGUGCAUGAGUCACUGAAGCAGAAUAAAUCAUCUGCCGCUGCGAAGGCCCAGGAUGACGAGAAUGAGUUUGGUGGAGCAUUGGACGAACUGGUGUUGCUGGACCUCCCAGCUGAAGAGCGUCGAGAUUUCGAUGAGGUGGCAAAAGCCAUUGAGAAAAAGGUCAAAGCUGACUGGAACUUGAUGAUUGUUGCAAAGGAGGCCAAGGGGAAAGCGAAAGCAAAGGCAAAAGCCAAGUCAAAAGCCAAAGCCAAGGCAAAGGCCAAGGCAAAAUCCAUGGCAAAACCUGUCCGGCAAGCUGCCAGAGGAGUCUUCAAUUCCCGAAAACGAAGGCGGCAAGCCAUUGCUCCAAUCGAAGAUGCGGCCAGAGUCAAAGAGCCUGAACCUACUAUUGGUGGCGAUGAGCGAGUGCAUGGGCAUGAUGAUGCUGCUGCUAGUGGUGAUGCCAAUGACCAUCGCCGUCCAGAGGACAAGUCUGCUGAUGAUUUUGAAGUGCCCCCGGAUGACACUGCCAUGGACGCAGGUCUGCAGACGCUUCCGCCGUCACCAGUGCCAGUGCCAAAUUUGCGAGAGUGGAAGUGGAGAAGCCCAGCCAAGAAACAAGCUACUCUUGCUGCGUCAUCAUCAUCAUCAUGCUCUCGUCCUACUGAGCCAAUUGAAGAAGUGCACACUGACACAGUCAUUGUCGCAAUCGAAUCGGAAACUGAUUCAGUUCCAGCAGAAGCUGUUGAAAACCCGAUGGUACCUGCAUCUGAGCUUGCCAAUCCAGUGCCACUCCAGCCUGCAGUACCUGAUUUGGAACCUCCUGCUGAAGUCGCUGCAGCAGCGGCGGGCGUGGAUCUUGUAGUGCCCAAGGCCAAGGCAGCGCCCAAGGCUGCAGCAGAACGACCUUGGCCUUGCCAUACGCGAAAUUCCAUCAACCAAUGGACUGACGUCCCGUGUCGUCGGUGUAAUGUUGCCAUUGCAGGCCAGAUCAAAUUUGACGAACGGCCAGGACAGCGGGAUAAGCCCACCUGGUUCAUGAGAGUUCGCGAUGAUGACAAUUCAUUGAAUCAAUCCAGUGGCCCGUACUUCUCGCGAAGACUUGCUCAUAUUGUUGGGGACACUGACACCUUUGCCAUGGACUGGAUUGAGCAGUAUAAAAAAUGCUGUGGAAGCAAACGGACCCGUCUUUGA